CAUGAGGCCAUCGUGAGAGCGUCGGUCAUCCUUUCAGUGAUGGGAAGUAGAUAUAAGGCCAUGGCUCAUUCCCAGAUUAUCCAUCACGACCACUAUCUCAAUAGUUCAUUUCCAAACUAGCUCCUCUAAUUAGGAGUUCCAUCGCAUCACAGCUUGCCCCAACCUGCCUAAUACAUACUUAGUACUAUUAUUCAGGCUUUUCUCCAACGCAAUAUGAUGUCUUCCAAGCUCAUCCUCGCCCUGGGCAGCAUCAUUUCUCUUGCUGCGUCCCUACCCCACGCUGCUCGCGAGUGCACUCAAGCCUUAACGCCGGGCAUAAUCGCUCAUCCUCAAUACUUCAACGUCUAUCAAUCCGCCACGCAACCAAACCACCCCACAGACAACGUCCCACAUCUCGACCUCCACACCAACAUCACUCGCCAGGUCGUCAUUUUCACCGGCAUUCCGUCUUCGGCUACGACUUGCUCACUCGGCUGGCGUCAGGGACCAAUUGAAACCCGCGUCUUCCGCGUCGAUGGUAGCGGCCUCGUUUCUUCGCGCCAACUCAAGGCCGAGGGCUUCCCAACGUGGACCAAGGGGAGCGAUGUGCUGAUUAACCCCACGACCAUUGCGCCGUUUCAGGAAGGCAGCGAGUUUUCAGCGGGCAUGGAUUUUACGUUCUGGGAUCAGCCUGAUUUCUCCGCCCCUGCGACGCACGGCGGCCCGAGUGUGAAGUGUGACGAGAGAAUCGUUGUGGAGUUGGCAGUCAACCUCAACAAUGGACAAGAUGGUCGGGUCUUCAUGCAAGAUGAUGCCGAUAAUGGCUUGUACAUCUCAUACUCUUGAAAGAGGUUGUGUUGAACAAGGUGUUUGAUUUCGGAUUACAUUUAAUGGGAUGGACUAGAGACGGGACUUUAUUUCUCAGCGUUGCAUGGAGGUAUGGAUUUGAGUCAAAAGCCUUCCUCAUAGGUACUUGAGAUAUUUCAAUAGAUGC